CGCGGGUGGGCCGGGGUUCGCCGUUCCCCUAGAGCUACGGCGAGACCGGUGCAUGGUGUGCGUGGAGUACCCAGGCGUGGUGCACAACGUAUCCAAGAUGCUACCGACUCUGGGCGGCGAGGAAGGCGUCUCCCGGGAAUGUCUGACUUCCAAUACCUAGCCGUGCACACAGAUGCGAGCGGCAGGCACACAUCAAUGUACGACAAAGUGCUCAUGCUUAAGCCUGAGAAGGAGGAGUUCUUCAACCAGGAGCUGCCACUCUACAUCCCCCCACCCAUUUUCUCCCGACUGGACACCCCGGUGGAUUACUUCUAUCGACCAGAUAUACAACACCGGGAAGGCUACAACAACCCUACCAUCUCAGGCGAGAACCUGAUUGGCCUGAGCAGGGCCCGGCGCCCCCACAACGCCAUCUUUGUCAACUUUGAGGAUGAUGAGGUACCCGUGCAGCCGCUGGAGGCUGCAGUCCAGACAUGGAAGAGAAUUUGCACCAACCCCAUAGACAGAAAAGUGGAGGAGGAGCUGAGGAAGCUGUUUGACCUCCGUCCCAUCUGGUCACGCAGUGCUGUCAAGGCCAACAUUAGCGUCCACCCUGACAAGCUCAAGGUCUUGCUGCCCUUCUUGGCCUAUUAUAUGAUAACAGGCCCCUGGAGAAGCCUGUGGAUUCGAUAUGGGUAUGACCCCCGAAAAAACCCAGAUGCCAAGAUCUACCAAGUCCUUGAUUUCAGAAUCCGUUGUGGAAUGAAAUACGGUUACACCCCCAGCGACAUGCCUGUCAAGACAAAACGUAGUGCCUACAACUACAGCCUCCCCAUCACUGUCAAAAAGACAUCCAACCAGCUCACCAUGCAGGACCUGCAGCAGGGCCUGGGCCCGUCAGGACUGGCCAGUGCACGGAAAUCAAUCUCGAACAAGUAUAAGCUCAAGGUGAGUGCCCCCUUCCAAAAACUAAGGGACUCCGUCUACAUCUUCCGGGAGGGGGCCCUGCCGCCUUAUCGACAGAUGUUCUAUCAGUUUUGCGAUUUGAACGUGGAAGAGUUGCAGAAGAUCAUUCACCGCAAUGAUGGGGCAGAGAAUGUGUGCACAGAACGGGAUGGGUGGUGUCUCCCCAAGACCAGCGACGACCUGAGGAAUGCCAUGUCCAGCAUGAUCCGGCAGGCCCUCCGCUCCAAGAGGCCUGCUCUCUUCUCCAGCCCCACUAAGGAUGAGGCAGGGAAAGAGCAGCUGACGUACGAGUAUGGAGACGAUGACGAGGACGACGAAGAGGAGGAGGAGUUCAAGCCUUCAGAUGGCAGUGAGAACGAGAUGGAGACAGAGAUUCUGGACUAUGUGUGA